ACAGCUCUGUAAAUUCAUUAUUUCUGAAAAACUGAAUAUUCCUGCUGAUUCUCCCUCAGAUGGCCUCAGUUCUUUACUUCGCUUUGCUCCUCUCUCUGAGCUGCGUUCUCUGCAAUGGAGCCCAAGCUGCAUGUGUUCCUUUAUGCCCGACUGGUUGGUCUGAGUUUGGAAAUCGCUGUUUCCUCUUCCAGAAUACUCAGACGGACUGGGCUACUGCUGAGCUUGCCUGCAAUAUUUUAGGUGCCAAUCUGGCCUCCAUCCACAGCAGCGAUGAGCACAGCUUCCUCAAGAAACUGGUCAGAUUUGAGGUAGGAUCGUUCCAGAGAACCUGGGUCGGAGGCCAUGAUGGUGAGAAGGAGGGUUUGUGACUGUGGAGUGACGGGUCAAAGUUCAGCUACGUCAAGUUUGACAACGAGCAA